GAGAGACCUGCCGGACGAUCUGUCCACCAUCCAACGGAUAUCGGAUGGAAUGCGCCGAGCUGUGUACUAGACUUGCCCAAAGAUCAGUCAUGGUGACGUCGGAUGUCAGCAUGCCAAGAUGGGCGUGGCAGUGUUAUGCCUGUUGCCCUGAAUGACUCGUGGUGCACAGCUUGGCGCCACUGCUGCCCAGCAUCCAUGCUUGACUAUGCGUAUGCUUCAGGGCUUCAACCACCGCAUAAAAACCCUCCAGCACGCACGGCUUCAACUACCAAGCAUCAGUAACGAUCUCGCGCCCAUUCCCCGACUCAUUCAUCAGAAUCCACAAAAACAUGCAAUCACUCAAAUAUAUCUUCUGCCUCUCCCUCCUCUCUCCACUGGCAACCGCCCAAUCCUCCAACCAGGCCAACUGCACCGUCUUCAACUGGGACCACGACGAAGCCUACCUGAAAACCUACCCUCCCCAGCGUGUCUCCGCCGCGGAGACCUGCUCCAGCAACGCAAACCUGACCUGCGCCCUCACGGCCGCCGGCGACGCAAGCUACACCGCCCGCACCAACCUCACCAGCCUCUCCGCCACGGCCUUCGCGACGGUCGUCGACGAGACGGUCGGAAAUGCGACGCUGACUGAGGAGUUCAGUGACUCGACCGUGGGAGCAAUCGACGGCACGCGCCUGCUCCGUCCGGGCCAGUCGGCCUAUUUGAACUUCACGGCCUAUCAAUACUGCUACACGGGGACGGUGGAGGGCUGCACGUCCGGGGUGGAGAAUCGGACGGCGGUGGAGGCGUGCGCACCGCUGUACCAUACCAGUGCGGAUAAUUCGGUGGUGAUGGAUGGGCUUCUUACAGUUGUCAAUGUGAGUCAAGGGCAGGUAGGGCAAUUGAAGGAUCCGUAUGAGAAUCAGCAGCGCGGGGAGGGGGGAGUCGUCAGUGUAGGAAGGGCUGAGUGGGGGGUGGUGAUGCUUGGGAUUUUGGGUGUUUUGAUGGUUUAAUGUGACUUAGGAUAUGCUUUCUUUAUCUGGUAUUGUGGUUGAUCUGGUUCAGGAUCAGAUGUGAAAUGCCAGUAUCUUGCUUGUUUUUCGGGAUUGCAGCUUGGCCAACCCGCCAUCAAGGCAUCAACCAACGAGCUACUGUGAGGUAAUCUUGAUAUAUUUUAUGGAUUUCUACAAGACAGUAUGCGUUCUAAUGCCCAUCUUUAAUCUCGA